AUGGCCCCUGUCCCCACCAAAGUAUAUUCCCUGUGGAGCCCGGGGGGCGAGGGGGGCGCGGGGAGAGACGCCUCCGCCUCGUGCCCUGGCCCCCCAGCCCGGCUCUCCCGUUUGGGGGCAGGGAGGCCAGGAGCCCGCGGGGAGACCUGCCCGCAGCUGACGCCUCGGCCGAGUCACAAUGGCCCGGCCCGGCCGCCCGAGCAGCGGGCCCCGGUCACCAGGCCCCCAGCGGCCGCGGCGGCACCGGGCUCGGCGGGCAGCCCCCGUGCGGAGCGGCCGGGCGGCGGGAUGACGCAGCCGGGGAUCCCCGCCGGGGGGGGUUCCCUCGCAGGUCAGUGGGGCUCUGAAACCUGGAGCUCCCAUCAAUGCCUGCAAGAGAUCAAAGGGAAGAGAAACAGCCAAAGUGUUACAGGAUUUUCCUUGUCCCCUGCGCACAUCCAAGGAUCAGUCCUCUCCAAUAGGCUAUUGUAA